AUGACGGCCCUUAAACUUUUCUCGCUCGCCUCUGCGUCUGCCUUCCUGAUGGCCAACGCUGUCCAUCAAACCGCAAAGCAAAGCCAAUUGACACCGAGUGAAGGAUCCGCAACCUACACUGUAAAUCUCGGCAAAACUCCAGUGUGCCUCGCCGAAAUCAACAAUGCCCGUGAAGCAGCUGGACUCGCACACUUCAAAGAGGCUACCGAUGAAAUGUGGCCUACAAGUGGACUACAAAGGUCGCAGCAGCAAGCCAACCCAUGGGAUCCUGUUUGUAAAGCUCUGAUAGCAAAAGACUCAGAAGAAGAAGAAACACCAAAGAACGCAGGCACAAGUGAAUUUAAAAGUGCUACAUAUGCCUUCAUGGCCUUAACAACGGACCAGGCGGACUGCGCCGCCGCAGUCGACCACUGGAAGGACGCCGUCAACAAUUUCAGCUCCCUCCCUCCAUCGAAGGCUGAAGACAAAGAACUCUACGACAAACCAGAGAACGUCUCUUUUGUUGCAAUGUACAACCCUUCAGAGAGUGCCAUUGCUGACUGUCGAGUCGUUACCUGCACAGAAACCCCAGCUAACCCAGACCAAGCCGAAUCCUUUAGCUCGCGGAAUAAUGGUGAAGCAAAGACAGGCUACGCUCUACUGUGCAUGACCACUCCUGACCUGAUGACAGCUACUAGUCCUGCUCCCUUCUCGGAGGACCAGUGGAGUAAGAUCAAGGCAUCCCUCACAGGCUCAGCCUCAGUCGCCGCCCCGAGUCUCAUUGCCUUUGCUAUUGCUGCCCUUGGCCUUGCUGCCUUUUGA